UGCAAGGCUGGCAACUAGGAGACAAAACUGCUGCCAAGGAGACCCCAUUUCGACACUGGCGGUUCAGUCACCUGCAAGCCGGAAGAGGCGAGGAUGCUGUUGGCUUGGGUACAUACAUUUCUUCUCAGCAACAUGCUUCUGGCAGGAGCCUAUGGAUCUGGAGGCUGCUUCUGGGACAACGGCCACCUGUACCGGGAUGACCAGCCCUCGCCCGCGCCGGGUCUCCGCUGCCUCAACUGGUUGGCCGCGCAAGGCGACCGCGAGUCGCCCAUCGAGCCCAGCCCCGGCAACCACAACUACUGCCGGAACCCGGACCAGGACCCGCGCGGGCCCUGGUGCUACAUCAGCAGCGAGACGGGCGUCCCUGAGAAGCGGCUUUGCGAGGACGUGCGCUGUCCAGAGACCACUUCCCAAGCACCUUCAGCUUCUACAACAGAGCUCGAAGAGAAGUCCGAGGCACCAGGUGACACAGAGGCUCAGGUGUUCCCUCCUGCUAACGUCCUUCCAGCAAGGGGUGACGCAGCAGAGGUGCAGCCAGUGAUUGGAAUCAGUCAGCGUGUGAGGAUGAACUCCAAGGAGAAAAAGGACCUGGGAACUCUGGGCUAUGUGCUGGGCAUUACUAUGAUGGUGAUCAUCAUUGCCAUUGGAAUUGGCAUCAUCUUGGGCUACACUUACAAGAGGGGGAAAGACCUGAAAGAGCAGCAGGAACAGAAAGCCUGUGAGAGGGAGAUGCAGCGAAUCACCCUGCCCCUGUCUGCCUUCACCAACCCUGCCUGUGAGAUCAUGGACGAGAAGACUGUCAUUGUACACAGCAACCAGACUCCUGCUGACCCUCAGGAGGGCAGCACCCUCCUUGUGGGCCAGGCUGGCACCCCUGGGGCCUGAGCCCCUGCAGUGGGCAGGUGCCCAUCAUGCAGAUACUGGUACAGGGCAGGCUACCCACCUGCAGCUGGGAGGAGCUGCAUUUUGUGUUGUGGUUAAAACCCUAUCCCAUUUUUCUUUUGAGGGGGCGAUGUGACUCCUCAUGACACAGCAGAAGCAGGUAGCAUCAUAGGUGAGCGUGAGGAGGCUGGGUAGGGUCCUUCGAUGCUCCUUUUCUAUCCCUUGGAGCAGAGUUUGCCUGUGGAUAGGGACUGGCACAGUAACUACAGUGGUGCUGUGGCAAAUAAGGGCUUCCACACUGCCUGAGCCAGGGAAAGACAGGGAGCUUGCCAAAGCUUCUCUCCGCUGUCCACUUGUGGGUUCAGCCUCUGCCUUUCCACUUGUCCCCCAGGAACUAGAUGGCGUCUACUGUUAUCCAUAGUGAAGGUCAAACAGGUCAUGCAUGAGGCAGCAUUAAAAUACACACACACACACACACACACACACACACACACACACACACACACACACACACAGUAUUUUGGAUGGAAGGUCCCUUCUCACUUCUGAGAACCAGAAAUGAAUUUGUACAACAGUCAGAAUUUUGGGCUGCAAAUGGGUUCUAGAUGAGGGCUGUUGGGUGUGCUGCAGCUUGCUGGCAGUGACGUGCCUUGACAACUGUGGGCCGGGCCUGGGCCCAAGGGACUCUUCCUGUUUUGUAAGGAAAUGAAGGGAAGAAUCGCACUAAACAUUCCGCUUAGGAAGCCACAGAAGGGCCCCACUUCCACCUUCAGCCUCAGCUGUGGGCGUCCAGACUGCCUCUCUUCAGGGGUGGACAGAACGUCUCCGUUUUGUGCUGUUAAGAGAAUAGCCUGCUAACCCAUGGGAAUUACACGUGUUGGCAUCUGGCAAACCUAGAGUAAGCCUUGGCAGUAUACCUUAGCUCGCAGGCAGCGGGAUGGCCUGUAGGCCAGUGCCUUCCCUUGGGGCUAGGAUUGCAGCCUGUACAAAACAAUCGCCCAAGCACUGGGAAGGACCUUAAGGGUUUUCAGGUCUUUCAGACUGGGUCUGCAGAGAGGGAAAAGGGUCCUGCCCAAGAUCAAAGCAACUUCUGGAUGGCCAGGAGUGUCCCUCUUCCUGGCCUUGGCUGUGUUCCCCAGCCAGGAGCCCCACUACUGUCCAACUCGGGAGAGGGGUGGGUGGGGUCCACUCCCUUCACCAGGCUGCUCUCCGGAGCCAUCUGUUGAAGGGGCCUAGACCUCAGGGUUCCCAUAGUGGAAUAGACUAUGGGAAAAAGACCAGUACUACUUCCUACUUUUCUAUGAAAGUAUUUCUGUUUGUCUGUUUUAUAUACCUCAUUCUGACACUGUGUAUGAACUGUGGGGAAUUGCUCUGCAUUUGACUUCUAUAAACACAAAACACAA